AUAACUUGAUCCAACUUCAAGCUCAAUCGCACUCAUCCUUCCUCUAUCCAUUGAAAAAUGCCUCCCAAAAACAAAAAUAAAUUCAACAUCGAACUAAAUGAGGCCUCUGACGUCCAUAGAGAAAUUGCAAAUGUCUUCCAGGACUGCCAAUUAAACCCAUCAGGCUUUAAAAGAAAUGCAACUCUCUUGAAAUUAAUUCAAAAAAAAGCUUUCGAAUCAAAUCUUGAAUCCUCUUUUAACUUAUCCUUCACAAAGUUGAUCAACAAAGUAUUACCUGUAAAGAAAUCAGAAAUCGUUGGCGACAGAAUUAUCAAAUUGACUACAAAAUUCAUCAUGGAAAUUAAAAAAGAUGAAGAAAAAGAAAAAGAAUUGAAAAGAAAAAGAAAAUUAAAUGCUAAAAAGAAAAAUAAUCAAAAUAAUGAUGAAAAUAACUCCGAAGAAGAUCACGAUGACGAUGACGAUGAAGAAGAAGAAGAAGAAGACACUCUUUGUCUGAAAUUUAUCAGCUAUUUCCUUAGACACCUACUACGAGGUAUUGAUUCAAAGGAUAAAAACGUUCGUUACCGUAUAAUCCAACUACUUGGCUGUAUAGUUACAUGUUUAGAAGAAAUCGAUAAUGAGUUAUACAAUAAUAUAAUUUGGAAUGUUCAAAAGAGAUUGUGCGAUAAAGAGCCAAACAUAAGAUUAAAAGCUGUACUAUGUAUUUCAAGAUUUCAAGGUGAUGAAGAUGAUGAAGAUGAACAUGGUGUCAAUAGAUCGACCGCUAAACUAUUAUCAAUCCUACAAAAUGAUCCAAGUCCUGAAGUCAGAAGAGCAGCUUUACUAAAUAUAGACAAGUCUCCUUUAACUUUACCUUACUUGGUUGAAAGAGCAAAAGAUUUAAAUACUAUAACAAGAAAAAUGGUAUAUUCACGUAUAAUGAAAGAAGUAGGUGAUUUUAGAAAAUUCGAAAAAACUUUAAGAGAAAACUUGUUAUUAUGGGGUUUAAAGGAUCGGGAGCAAAGUGUCAGAAAUAGCGCUAUUAAAAUGUUUACAAAUCAAUGGCUAAGUGAUGUUAAUAACAAUUUACUAGAAUUAAUUGAGAGAUUACAUAUCAUUAACAGUGAAGUUGCUCCUUUAGCCAUGAAAUAUUUCUUCCAAAAUCGUUCUGAUAUUGUUUCCAACAUGAAAUUGGAUAAAAAAUUUUGGGGAAAUCUAAACGCUGAAACUGCUUUUUUAGCAAGAACUUUUUUCAACCAUUGUCAAUCAAAUAAUUUACAAGAAUAUUUAGAAAAAAGCUUUCCAGAAGCUGCCGAGUUUGCAACUUUGAUUUCAAAAUACUUUACUGUCAGAAAGAAAAUAAUGCUAGAAUAUGAGCAAAAUGAUCCAAUUUUUCUUAAAAAUAUUAAUACAUCAAACAAUAAUACAUUCCAAUCCUAUAGCAAUAUUGAAAACGAAUUGGAUAGCCAAUAUGCAAAUGAUUUAAAAGAAAUUAAUUUCAUAAUGGAACAAUUACUUACAAUUGCAAAAGAUUACGAUUUUAGUGAUGAUUUUGGUAGAAGAGAAAUGCUUCAAGUCUUGAGAUCUUCUUUAACAAAUGACAAAUUAACUGAUGUUUUAAUCAAAUAUACUUUACAAACAAUUAGAAAACUUUCCAUUAGUGAAAAUGAUUUUUGUCAAAUGAUGACAGAAAUAGUUUCUGAUAUCAGAGACACAGGCGAAAAUGAUAUAAACGAAAACGAUAAAGAUCAGGAUAAAGAAAAAGAUGAUGAAGACUUAGAUGAUGAAAAUGGUGAUAAAAGCCCUUUAAAAUCAGGUAGCAGAUCACCAUCCAAGUCUCAGAAAAAAAAUGUGGAAGAAAUUGAAAGCCCUGAUGUUAUGAUACAAUGCUUAUACAUUGUUAAACACAUGUUAGAAUUAACUCGUCAACCUCUUGAAAAUAAUAUUCCAGUUUCAUCAUUACUUGAUAGUAUAGUUACCACCUCAAUAAGAUCUCAAAAUAAAAUACUAAGAGAAAUAGGCAUUCAUUGCUUAGGUUUAGGUUGUUUAUUGGACAAACAACUAACAAUUGGCCAAUUACGUUUUUUUGGUCUUUGUUGUGCAAAAGCCCCAGAAAAGCUACAAAUAAUAUGUUUAAAAAUUAUUUUUGAUAUUUUGGCUACACAUGGAACUUCAGUUCUUGAUAUUGAAGGGAAUAUCGACACACUUUCCAUGAAUAAAUUAUUUUACAGGACUUUGAAAAGGUUCAAUAAACCCAAAGUUCAAGCGUUAUCCGCGGAAGGUCUUUGCAAGUUAUAUUUAGCAGAUAUUCUAGUCGAUGAAGAAUUAUUUGAGACUUUAAUUUUGGCAUACUAUAAUUAUCAAAAUUCGAAAAAUCAGGAUCUUUUACAAGCUUUGACUUUUUGUUUGCCUGUGUAUGCCUUUUCUCACCCCAAGCAUCAAAAGAUAAUGGCAAGUGUUGCUGCAGAUGCCUUUUAUCGUUUAUUGGAUAAUUAUGAUGAAUUUCUAGAUAAAUUAGAACCUGAAGAUAUGGAUACAAUGGUUGAGCCCCAGCAAAUUUUGCAAAAUCUUAUUCAUUGGACAAAUCCUCAAAAUAUUGUGAAUUCUACCGAGGAAGAACAAAACAAGUCUACUAAUCAUCUCAUGAUAAUUUUAGAUUUACUUAAUGGAAUAUUGAGUGGAUCUAUUGAUAAUCCAAAAUAUAGAAAAAUUAUAAUUAUGAAUUUAUCAAAAUUUUAUUUAGCCAAAGAAAUUAAUUUUGAAUCUUUAAAAGAGUUGAAUAAACUCAUCAGUGCUUUUUCUGAGAGAGUGAUACCUGAUUGUGAUGGUAUUUCGAAAAAUUCUUUUAAUAAAUUUAAAACAAAAUUUGCAAAAUUAUUUGAAGAAGCAGAAGAAUUGAAUAAUGACAAAGAAACUGAAAAAGAAACUGAUGCUUCUCAAGAUUCCCAAGACCAAGAAUACGUUUCUGCUUUUAUAAAAGAAAGUGAGGUUGAAUCACCGAGUAAGGAAAACGAAAUUGAUAAUCACAAUGAGAAUUCUGUAGAGGGUGGUUUGAAAAAAGAUGUUUUGGAAAAUGAAAAUGAUAAAAAUGAUAAAAAUAAUGAAAAUGAUGGAAAUGAUGAAAAAGAUGAAAUGAAUGUAAAAGUCAAACGAGAAAAUGACAGUUUUGUACAUAUAGAUAAUCUUUCAGAAAACAAUCAGAGCGAAAUAAUAGAAAUUGAUUCUGAUGGUGAUAUUUCUAUGGAGUAAUUUUCAAUUUUAUUGAUUUUUCUACAAAUUAUUUUGGUGGAGCUCAUUUUAGCAAGUAAACAAAAUAGUGUUGGAUUGACGAAAUAAAAAAGUUUAACGGUGAAAUACAUAUAGAAUACUAAAAAUACAAAAGGGAAUGUCGAAGCUUAAACCAAAAUCUAAUCCAGCUUAAAAUAAGAUUGGAACAAAAAAAAAAAAAAGCAUACUAGUGAAAAUUGAAAACAAAAAAACAAACUAGAGCAUAAGUAGUGAAAUAAUUAGAAUAUAAGUGAUCUAUCGUUACCAAUAAAUAAACCAUGUACUUUUAAUAAAAAAGCUUAUAUCUAAAAUUUUUU